GUGGUUGUUGGCGUUGCUGUCAUAAGUCAGACAUCAACACAGGAGGGGAGAGCUCGUCGUCACGAUGCAGUUCCUGGGGCGUCUUUUGGACACGGUGUCGUCCGUAUCCACCCUGUUCACCAACCCUUACCGGGUGAGGGACGUCCAGCUGUCCGACUACGGUGGGGGAGAGAAGAUCAAAGUGAGGCAGGAAGGACGUCUGGUUCUCUAUAAGAAUGCCCAGUGCCAGUCGUGGGAUUGUGUGCUAAUGUGCCCCGACACACCUGCGGCGGCCCUGAGGCUUUUCCAGGUGGCAGCAGAAGAGGAUGCCAUGAACUGGUUCCCGCAGUAUGCACUUAAGCUUCCGCCCUUUUACGACAUACUCCCGCCAAUGAAGGCUGAGACCGCCCAGAUGAUCGUGGACUGCCUGCGUAACCACCCGGAUUGGAGCGCCGCUCACAUCGCUGUGGACACAGGCCUCAGGGAGUGUCUGAAACACAACUACGUACAGAGUCAGAUCAACGCUCGGGACGCGCUCGGUCAGACGCCGCUGCAUCUGGCGUGCGAGCGAAGCGACGCGGCUUGCGUGAAGGAGCUCCUCGAUGAGAGCCAGGCUCGCACGGACUGCAGAGACCAGCAGGGAGAGACGCCCAUGCACAUUGCCGCCAAGCACGACUCACCCGCCGUCAUCCAGGUGUUGUGCUCGCGCUUGUGCUCGGGAGUGAACGAGCUGAACAACAGCGGGGAGACGCCGCUCCACGUUUCCUGCCGCCUGGGCCGAGUGGAGGCCGUCAAAGCCCUCUUGGGAGGCGGGGCCAAGUGCAACGUCCCCGGCGGCGGCGGCUACCCGAUCCACUCUGCCAUGAAGUACAGUGAGAAGAGCUGUACAGAGGAGAUCCUGAAAGCAGACCCUGACCAGCUGCAUGCAGAAGACUCUUUGUAUGGAGGCACGCCCCUCCACUGGGCUAAAACAGCCGAGAUGUGUCGCAUGCUGCUGGAGAGGGGCAGCGCCAUCAACUACCUCAGUGAGACAGGCGAGAGUGCCCUCCACAUUUGCACCAAGAAGGGUCGCUUCGAGGCAGCCAUGGUCUUGCUCACGCACGGCGCCAACGCCAACCUGAAGGGGCAGGACGGCAACACGGCGUUGCACCUCGCCAUGAAAAUGGAUCACAUGGAGUUAAUCAAAGCUCUGAUCGUGUUCGGGGCCGACGUGGAGAUCCACAACGACUUGGGAGAGACGCCGGGGCUGAUCGCUGCUCGUACCAGCAAAGGUCCCAAUAGAAAAAUACUACUGGACAUGCUGUGUAGUGUGGGUGUGCAACGCUGCCUGCCCCCCUCCCCUAGCAGCCCUCCGCCCAUCACCAACAAGGCCGCGGCGCCAGGCAUAGGGUUUGAGGACAUUGUGCACCUGGGGGCUGUGAUCGCCGCAAUGAGCAGAGGCAAGUCGGAAGUGGACGGUUCCAAGAUGGACAACAGGAGGAUGGACACUCUGGUGUGUCUGGACGGGGGAGGAAUCAGGGGAUUGGUCCUGAUCCAGAUGCUAAUCGCUCUGGAGAAAGAGGCCGGCCGUCCCACCAGGGAGCUCUUCGACUGGGUGGCUGGCACCAGCACAGGCGGCAUCCUGGCUCUCGCUAUCGUCCACGGGAAGUCCAUGGAGUACCUCCGCUGUUUGUACUUUCGAAUGAAGGAGCAGGUGUUCAGAGGCUCGCGACCUUACGAAUCGGCCCCGCUGGAGGACUUUCUGAAGAAAGAGUUUGGAGAGAACACCAAAAUGACAGACGUUCAGUAUCCCAGGGUGAUGGUGACCAGUGUUCUGGCAGACAGACACCCAGGAGAGCUUCACAUUUUCAGGAACUACGACCCCCCCGUCCGCAGAGAGACCCCGUACGCCACCACCGCCACCUUCAAAGCCCUCACCAUCCCGCGAGGAUGGGAGGAUGAGGAUGUGUUGCUAGUAGGAUACACAGUGGAACCAGCCAAUAAGCAUAGGAAGGUGACAGACGAAGAGCAACUUGUGUGGCGAGCGGCCCGCUCCAGUGGCGCUGCCCCCACCUACUUCCGGCCAAUGGGACGCUUCCUGGAUGGAGGGCUGUUGGCCAACAACCCUACGCUCGACGCCAUGUCAGAGGUCCAUCAGUACUACAAAGUGCUAAAAGCAGAGGGUCAUGGGGUGGAAAUCAAGAAGUUGGGUCUAGUUGUUUCUCUUGGGACUGGAAAGCCUCCCCAGGUGGCGGUGAGUUCUGUGGACGUUUUCCGACCCUCCAAUCCUCUGGAGUUGGCCAAGAGCAUUGUAGGAGCCAAGGAGCUGGGCAAGAUGCUGGUGGACUGCUGUACGGACUCUGAUGGCUGCGCUGUGGACCGAGCCACUGCCUGGUGUGAAAUGAUCGGCACCAUCUACCACAGACUGAGCCCGCAGCUUUCCCAGGAGGUGAUGCUGGACGAAGUGAGCGACACCAUUCUGGUGGACAUGCUGUGGGAAACGCAGAUGUACCUGUACGACAAGAGGGUGGUGCUGCAGUCCCUGGCCAAAGCGCUAGUGGACAACUAAAAAAGUCUUUACAUUUACACUGUUUAAGUUAGCAUCUGCAAAUAUGUGACUGACAUUUGACCCCUCAUCACAAACGUCUCAAGCCGAACAACAGGGAGCCUGCUCCACUCGUGAUAGUUUUGUGUGUGUCUUUUACAUUUACCUCUAAUAUAUGUGUGUGUGUGUGUGUGUGUGUGUGUGUGUGUGUGUGUGUAUGUUUAUAUAUAUAUCUUAUAUCUUAUAUUCCACAUGUUGGUCAUCUCACCCUUUGUUGCACUUUGGACUCAACCACCUCUGAUAACAUAUUCUCAAUAGGAUUUUACACACAUGUACUAUACAUUCACUGGACACAAGCAAGUGACUUCCAAAUUCAAGAACUGUUAAAGCUGUGUUGUCAAUUCAAAUUGUUAUCUUUGUCGAAGCAGAAUUUUUGAUACAGCUCUUGAAUUAGAUGUCAUUAGACAGUGCCGCUGUACCUAAUAAAGUGGCAGGACGUUGCUUGAAACUACUUGAAAGACAAACUGAAGACCAACUGGAAUGGGACACUCAACUUGUACUAUUCUGUUUUGUAUACUUUAAAUAGCGAUUAAUGUUGAAUGUCAAAUAAAAAUGGUUUACAUAAUCUGCAAA